AAAAUUUGAAUUGGUUAAAUUUUCUAGAAAACCUUUUUUCAACUGUUUGUCAAUUUAAAUAAUUUAUUUUCGUGUUAUUUUUGUUGUCAUGUUGGUUAUUAUCUUAUCCAAAUAAUUGUUAAAAUGUUAGAAAAUCAAUUGUUAACGUGUCAAAAUUUCCUACAAGUGUUUUUAUCUAAUGUCAACCCAGAAGAUCAACUUCCUGUCAAAGUAUCUUCGAGUAGCAUCUGUAAAGUAGAAGUUUCCGGAGCAGUCACCGAUUGGAUCUUACAAUAUUUACAUCAAUGGAGCUGUCCCGAUUUUCUCAUUACACCUUUGGCGAAAAUAAUCCUCGAUGAGAUUCGACGGAAAUUGAACGAAGAAAAAUGUCCGUUCUUUAACGAGGAUAUAAACGCCUACAUAUCGUUGCCGUUGAUGCAGUACGUUGUGAGUAAAGUUCAAGAUGUUUGUAAACAGUACAAUGACCCAGAGAAACUGCUCAGCAUAUCUUUAUCGAGUUGCAUCCUUCCUACAGCUACGUUUGCAACGAAGAAUAAACGCCGACAAAUGGAAGAUCGUCAUGUUAUUGUCAACGAUCUAGCUCAAUUAUUCAAUAGACAGGAUUGUCAAGCGAUCAGUUAUUACGCUAUUUUCGAUGGUCAUAACGGUACCGGUGCUGCGAACUACAGUGCUACUCAUUUACACCAAUUUCUAGCCGAGAGCCAAUAUUUCCCCAUAUUUCCCGAACAAGCUCUGACCGACGCUUUUAAACAAACCGACAAAAAUUUAUUAGAGAAACUCGACUCUCAGAUUACUAGAAGCGGAACUACCGCCGUUGUGGCUGUAUUAAAUCAUGAUAAUCGUAUGCUACAUGUUGCCUGGGCUGGCGAUUCUGAAGCUCUGAUAUCUGCUAAAGGACGUGUUCAGCGUUUGGUCGUACCUCAUAAAGCCGAUCGACCGGACGAAAUCGAACGAAUCCAUAAAUGCGGAGGAGCUGUUUUGUAUUGGCAAACAACGUAUCGUGUCAAUGGUCAAUUAGCUAUAUCUAGAUCCAUCGGUGACGCGGAUCAUAAAUCAUGUGUCAUAAGUGUUCCUGAUAUCGUAUCUAUACAACUGGAGGGAGACGAAGAUUUUAUAAUAUUAGCCUGCGACGGUUUAUGGGAUUGUGUCGAGCCUGAGAAGGCCGCCAAGCUGGUUUACGAUCACGUAUCAUCGAAUCCAGAUAAAUACGAGCAAACUAGUCAAUUACUGGUGGAGUACGCGAAAGAUCAAGGCUCCGGCGAUAAUAUCACAACUAUAGUGGUAUUUUUAACCCAUCCGCGUGAUAUUAAGUGUUGUGAUAUUGAUAUGGAAACGGCUACCGCCGAAUCCUUCUCGUCGAACCAAAACGGUGCUACGAGCUAUCGUCCAAUAAAUAAUUUCGAUCACGAUGUCGACGAAGACUUCGGUCCGGAGACGAAUGUGGACAAUAUCGACGAUCUGAUGCCGACCAAAAAGUCUUUCUUAGAUUCAGAUACAAUCAAAACCAGUUUCGCCGAACAACUGCAGAAUGAUGUGUUGGAUCGCGUAGAAGCAGAAUCAAAAAAUGGUGCUAAAGAAGAAACAGUUAAAGAAAUCUUCGAUAAUGGCAAAACAGCCCUAGAUGAAGAAUCAGAGGAAGAAGAAGAAGACGACGAAGGAUGGGAUUACUUUAAAGCGGACGCAAAUUCGAAAUCACCCAAUAUAUCGCAGCAAAAACUCGAAAGCAGCGGCGAUUUGUCGUCUAACGAGAUGGACUACACGUUGAAUCCGGAAGCUCGAGAAUUUGUGCCUGUGUCGCCGACCAGAGACGGCGAAGAUGAUUCUCCCCGUACUCAGAGUCCGGAUAUAUGUCUAUAUCCGGUGAAAAAUACCGAGAAACUGCUUAAAGAAGAAUUCAUCGCGUCGUCGCCGAUGAAAGGCCAAGAAAAGAAUAUGGACGACGUUAUCGUACCUUCGUUAGACGAUUUCGAAAAAGAGAUCAAAAAACGCCCUAGUAAUAUUAUGCCUAGAUUCGAAGCGGACGAGUUUUCCUCCAAUCACGUUGUUGCUAACGAUUUAAACAACGGAAACGCUUUACUCGAGGAGCAUUCGUUCGAGCACGAUUCGACUCACAUGUCGACCCGAGCGGUAUUCGGAGACGAUUCGACGUACGCUACGAAUCUAGACGACGUUAACGAAGAAUUAUUCAGCAAACAAGACAAACCGGACGUCUCGGCGGCCGUACCAAACGGCGACGAUUUCGAUCUGCCGAAAAGUAACUCGAUCAUCGUCGAGUCGGCCGACAUCCACGAACAACCACAACAACAGCAGCAGCAAAACCACAUCGACGAUUUCCUCGGCGGCAGUGGCAAUGGCAGCGGUAGUGGUGGCGAAGCUUUCGAAAACGAAGACUACCCGAGUAUCGUGGAGAAAGAGCAAAGUUCACCGAUCAAAGAAUCCAGCAACACUCAUUUCGGCGGCGGCGCCGACGACAUCUUCGAGAACGGAUCGUCGAAUGUUACGUAUAGUCGCGAUUCGGGCAAAUACGACGUUGAUAAAGAAGUACCUCGGUUCGACGAGUUACUCAAUAAUGGCGCAGCAAGAGACGAUAGCAACGUAUUCGAUUGUCUGUCUUUCAACAAAGAUCCGGUCGAAGAGGUGAUUCAAAAAAUGAGCAAUUUCGAUUGCGUAUCGACUAACGAAGGGUCUCUGUUGAUCGGUAGCGAAACGUCUCAAGAGUUAGCCUCGGCUAAAGUUAUCUCUCCUACGCAAGAAUUAUUCAACGGUACGAAUCCGUUCGCUGCGUCGAAAAGUUGUACAGAUGACGAGAAAGAAAACGCCGAAGAGAAGGAUAUCGCGGCGGUUGAGAAUAAAUACGAGGCGUUCGACGCGUUCGCUACGUCCUCGGCUGAUCACGUUGAUUUCCAGUCGAACGUGUCUCGCGAUCCGUUCCAGUCUGUUUUUAGCGAAGCGACCGCUCCCAGUUUCGAGAAGCAGCCUGUCGAAGAGACGAUUUCGGCUGAAAAGGUGCACGAUGUUGAAACCGGUCAUCCUGUUUCGCAGCCGGUUGAACCUGUCGAAGCGUUUUCUUCUUCGGCUCCGGAUAACGAUAUAGCUGCUCAAAUUCUCGAUACGCAAGAGUACGACGUACAAGUACAUAGUAAAACCGAAGACACAGACUUGUUACCGGAGACGCCGGAGAAUCAGCCGCAGGCUUCAGGAUCGGAAACUCCGAUCGGUAGCGUCGAUAUGGUAACGCCUUACAUUCACGACUGCACCAGACUGGGCGAUAAACACGACUCGGUUCACGAGCCGGUCGAGAAACGUCAUUACGACGAUCUGCUUCCCGAAGAUGACGACGACGCGACCAAAGAAAGCGAUAAACUGGAAUCCGAGCUACGCGAAUCGACCGGCGGUAAAACGCUGGAAUUCGAUUUGGGCUUCCACGAUGGCUCAUCGUCGUCGGCUGCUGCUGCUGCUGCUGCGCCUUCUUGUAAUCGUUUCGACGACAACGACGACGAUGAAGACGACGCAGGAGACCAAUACCAAUCGUUGUUGUGUAAUUUGGUACCGAAACCGAACCCGUUGCCGGCCACAUUGGCCGACGAUAAGAUCGUCGAAGAGAGUCCUUCGAUGGAGGCGGCGUUCGAAGACGACAUCAAACCACAAGUGCCACCUCCACAGUCUUCCAUUGUUGUUGAUAGCGAGCUUACGAGUACAACGGACGAGAAACCAGCUGACGGAGGGUUAUCUACGCCUCCGCCUACCGCAUCAUCGGCCUUGUCUGCUGCCGAUCCCGAGACACACGUCAGUAUCGCCGAAGCAGUCAAUAAACUCGCUUCGCAAAGCCAACCGGACGAGCAACCGAAACCAUCCGAAGGUGACAGCAGCAGCAGUGCCGGAACCGUAGCCGCAGCAGCCGUCAUCGGAGCAGCAGCAGCUGCGACCGCCGCCGCCGUAGCAGCCAAGAAAGCCGACGCUGCGAAGAAACCGUACGUUAUCAGGAAACCAGAUCCGAACAAACCUCCGGCGCCGAAACCGACGACGACGACGGCUAAAGCUCCGUCCACCACGGCUGCCAAAUCAACCGCUGCGCCGAAAACCGCACCCAGAACGAGCGUAGGUACGACAGCUGCUAAGAAACCAACGUCGACCCUUUCCAGCGCCAAAACAACGACAACUCCUACGAAAAGCGCGGCUACGUCGAGACCGUCGAGCGCACCGGCCAAAUCGACCACUCCUACGACCAGGACUUCGUUAUCGGCUCCGAAGACGACCAGUACUGCUGCCAAACCAGCUCCUAGACCGGCUACCGGCGCUGCUAAACCUUUGAUGUCCCCUUCGAGAACAACCAGACCGCCGGUAGGUUCACUGACGUCGCCUAGAUCAGCGACAGCUAGACCGAUCACUAACGGCGAUGUAUCCUCGAGCACAGCGACCCGAACCACGUCCACGACUAGAAAACCGCUCUCAGCGACCGGUACCGUUAAGAAGAUCACGUCACCUACGAGCACAGCUCCGGCAUCAUCGGCAGCGUCCACCAGACCAGCGGUCAAUCUGGCCACACGUACCAGCCUAGCACCGCCGGCUAAACCGAAAUCCACAUCGAUCACCGCUACCAGCCUGUCAGCUGAGAAGAAACCCAUCGCUAAACGACCCGUAUCGGCUACGUCGUCGCUAUCGUCGUCCAGAACGACCGCCAGCAGCGCCAACAACAAAGAUUCCAAAGACAUAACUAAUAAACGCCUGAGCAGCAGACCGACGACCGCCUCAGCUACCAAAACUCUACCUAAGACUGAAUCAAAAGUAAAUACCGGAUUGAUUAAGACGACGACGCCGACCGGUGCCAAAACCGUGGCGGCUGCGAAUGCCAAAAAAAUCUCCUCGACGCCGGAUACAGCGAAUAAUAAUCAAAUCGAUAGCACGAAAAUGAACGGAAAUGCUUGAGCGACGAUUCGACGACGACGGUUUUAUUCGUGUGUUUUUCCCCCUGUCCUGUCUUGUCCCCCCUCCUGUGUCGUAUUCCUUCUGUUUAUCCUGCUCGUAGCUGGAGUUUUAUCGGUGAAAACAACAAAAACAAUUUUUUUUGUACCUUAAUUUAUUAUUAUUACUUUUUUUUCUUCUUCAUUUUAAUUAUCAUGUAGCCACGUAUUAACGGUUUAUUUAUUUUCUUCUUUUUUUUUCAAUUUUUUUUAAAACUAUAUUUUUAUUAUUUUAUACGCGUUUUAAUUUAUGAAAAAUCGAUGUUAUGUGAAUUUUUUUAUUUUUUUCUCUUUUUCUUUUUUGAUAUUGUCGUUUUAUUUUUUUGAAUAUUUUUCCAUUUUCUUAACAAUUUUUUUUAACCGUCGAAAGUUUUUUACUCGUCUUCGUCUCUAACUCGAAAGCUAAAGCGUUUUUAAAAAUAAUUUUAACGAAAUUUUGCUUACUUUACGUACGAAAAAAAGGUUGUAAAAUGUUAGUGUUUUUCCUUUCCCACGCUUAAAUAAUCGAAGCCCUGAGAAUUUUUUCAUAUCAAUCGCUCGCACUCUCGUUCACACUCACACAGACUCACACACGUUGAUUUUUAUUAAUAUUGUUAAGUAUUUUACCGCGCGAGUGUGUGUGGCAACAGCGGAACGUACUCGAUGAGAGAACAAAAAUGAUUCUAGUGCCAUUCUCAUUAAUUUUCAAUAUGAGAAUGUAUUAUUUAUUUAUUUAUUUAUUUAUUGUUUAAUUGGAAUUUUUUAAGCAGCUCGUCGAAAGAUGGCUAAUUUUAACUAUUUUUUUUCUUUGGUUGCACUGGGGAGGUGUUUUUUUUCUUUUCGUAUAAAUGUGAAACAGAAACGUGUACCUUUUAGAUAGUAGAUUGAUCGCCGCCACCGCAGCCAUAUUGCUUUUUAAAAAAUAAUGAAAAAUCAAUCGAAUCGUGUAAUAAGGUGCAUGUUUCUGGCAUCGAAUUUGUUUCGCUUAUUUUUAUCGUCACUAAAAUUUUAGAUUUAUCGAACGUAUUGGUAUUUUUAACGUAUUAAGGUAAUAACGUAUUUUUUUCUUUUUUUCAAUGUUCGUGUUAAUCCGAAAGAAAAAAAUACAUAUUUGGAAAUAGAUUUUCUACAGCUCUAAAAAGCAAAAAAAAAAUUCAAAUAUAAUCAUUAUAUAAUGUAAUAAUUAAAUAAUAAUUAAAACCUGGAAAUAAUACGGUGAAAAUUUUAUCAUGUUGCAGAGGCUUUUCCUAGUAGCUUAGCUUGGCUGUGUGUUAAUUUGUAUUUUGUGUUGUUAAUGUUUUUUUUUUCUUUUUAUGUAUUUGAAAUUUAUUAUAAAAUUUAAGAAUUAUAUAUUUUUUUUUCUUCUUCUCCUAAUGAAUGUUACAUAUGCUUAGACGAUUUGAAACGCUGUGUUAAUAAUAUUGGACUCUCAUGAUCGUGUAAUUAAUGGUUGAUUUUUCAUGUCUGUUUUUUUCCUCUUUCCGAUUUCUUUCUCCUGUUUGCUCGACGACGAUGGUGUAUGAGAAAAGGACGGUCUUUUUUAAAACUUCUGUACGAAUCGAGGAGAUUUUUUUUUUUGGUCGAUGGCGUGUUGUACGCUGAUCGCUGAUCUUUGUAAUUUGCAACUCGAGUAAUACUAUUUUUUUGAAGCAGAUGUUGAAUAUUCUAGGCUUCUGUGUACACUUACGAUUAUUAUACUUAUGUAUGUUACGUGUAAUUUUUAACAUCUUUUAUUUUACCUGCUAAAUAAAAUUUAAUUUUUUAU